AUGGCGAACUUUUCAUUCGGCUUCGACGAGCGUGAUUAUAAAACACUCUUACAACAAUUAUUCGCCGAAUUUAUUGGGACAUUUUUAUAUCUCUCUAUCGCGUUACUAGCUGGGACAUUCGAUACAAGUUUAGUGACGGUAGCACUUGCAAAUGGGCUCUUGGUGGCAUCGGUUGUGCAAAUCAUCGGAAGUAUAUCUGGUGGGCACAUAAAUCCGGCUGUAACUCUCGGCGUCUUGGUUUAUGGCGAUAUAAAACCUGUGAAGGCUGUUCUGUACAUUGUCGUACAGAUAUUAGGCGCCAUCUUGGGAUCCGCUGUUGCGUAUGCGCUUACGGAGUCAGAAUUUAGGGGUAAUCUUGGAGCUAUAGUCCCUGGAGUGGUGAGAGUAGACCAAGCUUUUGGACUGGAAGUUCUUAUGACGCUCGUACUGGUGGCUGUAGUUAUUAGUGUGAACCGGAAGAAUAGAAGGUCUGGCUCUUCUGCACUAACCGUCGGCUUAAGUAUUACAGCCUGCCAAUGUUCCGCUAUGUUUUACACUGGAUCUUUGAGCCCAGUUAGAUCUUUAGGACCAGCCGUUUUAAUGAAUAUUUGGACCCACCACUGGGUAUAUUGGGUAGGCCCAAUGCUUGGUGGCGUUCUUGCUGGAGUAACCUGUCGCUAUUUGUUUAAAAUUAAUGUUCAAAAUGACGAAGCUUGA